AUUGUCUAACUUCACAAUGCUACUCAAUUCUUUGAUAUUCACUUUACUUUUCUGUUCGUCAAGCUCUCUGAAUAUUCUUGUCUACUCUCCUGCAUAUGCUGCCAGUCACAGUAAUUUUUUGGGCAAACUGGCGGACACAUUGACGGAACGAGGACAUAAUGUGACCUACUUAAUGCCGGUAAUGGACCCUGGAAAGCGAGACGAAUGUAUCGGAGUCAAAUUAACGAAAGAUCUGGUUAUUGUGGAAGCCGAUGAAGAAAUGAUGUCGCGUGAAGAGGGAGUUACGCUGGAUGAGGAGAUUAUGGAACUUUAUUGGAAAUCUGAAAUGGAUUCUUCUAAUUCUAGAGAUAUGUUCUCGUUUUUCAACAAUGCCAUGAAAGCUGCAUGCCGUAAUUUUCUCAAGCGACGGGACAUUUUCGAACAAAUGAAAUCGCGUAACUUUGAUGUAGCAAUUGUCGAGCCCCUUUCAGUCUGUGGGCUUGGAUUCGUGAAGGCUCUCGGAAUUGAAAAGACAAUUUUGGCUUCAUCCUGUACUUUUUACGAUUCAAUUAUGGAUUAUAUUGGAGAACCAUUGGAUUUUAGUUAUGUUCCUGCGUUAUUCAGUGUGACUGGAGACGUGAUGACUAUGUCGGAACGAUAUGAGAAUUGGAUGGUGACUAAGGAAAUCAACAUUGGUAUUCAUGAAAAGUUCGAUGACGAAAUGAAAAGCUAUCGUGAAUUUCUCGGGCAAGAUCUUCCAGAUUGGCGGGAACUUCUCUCAACCGCGUCAAUUUUCUUUAUCAACUCAAAUCCAUUUUUUGAUUUUCCACGUCCAGUUCUACAAAAAACUGUUCCAAUUGGUGGAAUAUCAGUUAACUUGAAGUGGAUCAAAGAGCAAAAACUAACUAAAGACUGGGAGGAAGUCUUGGAAAUGAGAAAGAAAACUGUUUUAAUCUCAUUUGGAUCACUGGUAAAAUCGGCAUAUAUGCCAAAGAAAUGGAGAAACGGCCUGCUCGAUGUGAUCAAAUCAAUGCCAGAUGUCACAUUUAUCUGGAAAUAUGAAACCGACGAUGUCUCAUUUGCUGAUGGAGUUUCAAAUAUUCACUUUUCAAAAUGGGUACCCCAAACAGCUCUUCUCAAUGAUCCCCGACUAUCAGUAUUCGUGACUCAUGGAGGACUUGGUAGCACAAUGGAAUUGGCCUACAGUGGAAAACCGGCAGUUGUCAUUCCAGUGUUCGCCGAUCAAAUUCGAAAUGCCAACAUGAUUGCUAGACAUAGAGGUGUUAUUUAUCUGCAUAAAAACUCUAUGGAAAAUGUGAAAGUUACUCGGAAAGCAUUCACCGAUGUUCUUUUUGAUGACAGUUAUCAGAAAAAUGCAGAAAAACUGGCGAAUAUUCUGAUGAAUCAACCAUAUAGUCCAAAGGAAAAUGUGAUUAAGUACACUGAAUUUCUGGGAGAACAUGGCCCAUUCCCCAAUAUGGAUCCACACGGUCGUCAUCUCAAUUACUUCCAGAAAACAUUCCUGGAUAUUUAUACCCUUUUCGCAUUAUUUUACAUUUUUGUUAGUACAAUUAUUAUAGUUACUAUCAGAUUUGUUUAUAAGUUCACCAGGAAACAUUUUAUUUUGGUGAAAUCUAAAGAAAACUGAAUAGGACUGGAAUUGCUUGUCUUUCAUUGUUUUCUUGUUUAGUAUAUUCGAUUUGGGGAUCUCUGAAUAAAAUUCUUUGAAUUUC